AAGUGCAAUAUUUAACAUAAAAUUUAUUAGCACCAUUUGUGUGCGUGUAAUAAUUUGAAGAAAAAAGUAAAUUUUUGGAAAGCCGUAGAAGGCAGCCAAGAAGCAGAACGACCAGCGACGACGCAGCAGUAUCAGCGCGUUCUGCAAGUGUAUUAGUGUUAAAGGCGCACAGUCUACACGCGUAAAUAUAUAUGUACAAGCAUAUGUAUGUGUAAAUAAGCAAGCGAAUAUAAUAUAUAUAUAUAUCUAGAUACAUAUAUAUGUACACAAGUAAAUAAGCAAAUUACCAAACGCAACCACAAGAAAAAAGUGAAAUUUCUCAAGGCAGAAAAAUUAAUGAAAUUUAUCGUGCACUUUAUCGGUGUGUGUGGUUAAGUGUGUGAGUGUGAGUUGUGUGUGUGUGCGUGAGAGUUUGGAAAAUUAUUAUAAAUUCCAAGAGGCUGGACGCCAGCGUCUCCGAAGCAGCGCCCACAACAACAACAACAACAAUAAGCAGCAGCUUAACGGAUUUUCUACUCAUUUUUGCUCUUUCCGCGUUAGGUCAAGAUAAGUCAUCACGACGACGCGACGCGCGAAAAUGGCCAAAAUGGAGGUCGACGAUGUCGUCGACUUGAGCCUGAGUUCUGGCCGUGAUCCGGCGCUGACAAUAACGCCGGCCACGACGCCAACGUCGACGCCGACAACGAUCAGCAAUCGAGACCUGCGAGCGUUGACGGCGAAUAAUACCGGAUUAACCAUAACGCCAGCUCCGGGACCCACAGCAACAGCUGCCACAGGCAAUGGCAACGAUACCAACUACAGCAGCAGCAGCAGCAGCAACAACAAUAAUAGCAACAACAACAGUAGCAACAACAGCAGCAGCAACAACAACAACAGCAGCAGCGACGUCGCCACAGCGGGCAGUGGGAGCAGCAGCAGCGCCGCCCAGGAUGAAAAUAAAGUUCAACGCCGCGUCCUGCGGCCACGCACCGAACCCAAAUCAUAUGCCGAGGCACCAGACAUUGUGCUGCUGCCAGCGCGCACGAAUGGCCGGCAGCAGAAUGGCAACAUUGAUUCGGAGACGGACGAUGAGGAGAUGCCGCCGUAUGUGCCCAUCAAGGAGCUGACGCAUGCAGAGCUGAAGGAGCGGGAGAAAAGUUUGCGUAAACUGAGGCAGGAUCUGCGCAAUGAGGAGACCAAGCUGAUGCUGUUAAAGAAGCUGAAGCAGUCGCAGCAGGUCAUGAAGGAGAAUCUGGUGGUGACGCCCACCAGUGUGUCGCCCAACAAUCCACUGGCUGCGAUACCCAGUGCCCUGACAGCGAAGGGGUCGCUCAGUGUGACGCCCACGUCCGCGUUGCCGAUGCCGGCCCACAGCAAGGGGCGGAGUAGCUUGGGCGGUGGAGCAGCCGCUGUUAGCAUAAGCGCCAGCAACAGCCGCAACAUAAGCUCCUCAGCAGCGACGGCCGCUGCGGUGGCCGCAGCCGCAGCAGCUCUGUCAUCCGGCUCGCAGCGCGGCGGCAGCAGCAACCUGAUUGGCAGCGGCAACAACCACUCGAUACUCCCGCCACCUAGAUCCUCGCUGGCAGCAGCAGCCGGAGCGACACUGGCAGCGGGCACAACCAUAACGCCAGCCACAAAUAGUUCGCAUCGAUCGAACGUCUUGCCGCCGCGCACAAAUCUGCCGAAUCUCACGAUUACGCCGUCGGUGACCAUAACGCCAACGUCGGCGCCGCCAUCCAGCCUGAAAGCACGCAAUCCUAAUAUUUCGGAUAAUUCGAAGGUACCUGGGACCAUUAGCAAUUCCGUAUCUAUAACGCCGGCGCCCCCACUACAAUCGCAGCAUCAGAAUCAGCUAAACGAUUUGAAGAAUGAUCGCAAUGCACAGCGCGAGGAAGCUCAGACACCGGCUCAGCGUCAGGCAGCUGCUAAGAUGGCGCUGCGCAAACAGCUCGAAAAGACUUUGCUACAGAUACCGCCACCAAAGCCCCCACCGCCAGAGAUGCACUUCAUUCCCAAUCCAAGCAAUACGGACUUUGUUUAUCUGCUUGGACUAGAGACAGUUGUGGAUUAUUUGACCGUGAACAAGAAGGCGAACGCUGUGGCGGCGCCCUUCCGAUGCGCCCAAUGCAAAAUAGACUUUACGCCCGUUUGGAAAUGGGAGAAACAGACCAACAAGGAGGCAAAGGUCAUCUGUGAGCAGUGCGUGACAUCGAAUGUGAAGAAGGCACUGAAGGCGGAGCACACGAAUCGACUGAAGCAGGCGUUUGUGAAGGCGCUGCAGCAGGAGCAGGAGAUCGAGCAGCGCUUGGCCAGCAGCCAGAGCAGCCCAUCGCCCGUUGAAGCGCAUGCCUCCAGCAACAAUGCCAACAGCGUCGCCUCCGCCCAUCAGCAGCAACAGCAGCAGCAGCAUCAGCAGCAACAACAACAGCAGCAGCAGCAGCAGCAACAGCAGCAGCAUCAGCAGCAGCUCCAUCAGCAGGCGCUGAGGGAACAACGCGAACAGCUGCAAGCAUCGCAUGCAUCUGCAGCAGCUGCUUUAGUAAAUUUGCCACCUUCGGUUACCGUUAUACCUACUAAAUGCCAGACACCUACGCCAGCACCGCGGCCCACACCGCCGCCGCCAAGCGUACAAAGUCAGCCUACGCCGCCACCGCCACUGAAUCAGUCGGGAAGUACUCAACGCUCCUCGCGUGCUGCAGCCACAGCAGCAGCGGCAGCCAUUGCAGCCCAGCAGGCGGGCAUACUGAGUCCCGGGCCAGCGGCAGCUGCAGCGGCGCAUCAUCACGAGGCGUCGUCAUCUUCAACAGGUCGCUCCUCGGCGCGUACCGAACGCGAACAUCACCAGCACCAUCAUCAGCAGCAACAGCAACAACAACAGCAGCAGCAGCAACAGCAGCAGCAGCAACAACAACGCGAGCAGCAGCAACAGGCGCAGAACUAUGAUAAAUAUUCAGCUGCCACGCUGGCGGCAGCGGCGCAUCUCAGCGCUCUGGGCGGCAUGGGCGGUCUGAAUAUCAACAAUCUGGCAAGUUUGGGUAAUCUCAAUCAGUUGGGCAAUCUGGCAGCACUUGGCGGCUUAGGCAACUUUGGCAACGCCUCGACGGCAGCCAACAACCCAGCUGCAGCUCUAGGAAAUGCAUCGCCAGCAGCGGCCAUGCAAGCCUUUCAGCAGCAGCUAUUUAGAGCACUUGGUCAGGGCUUGGGCGGCAAUCCGCAGCAUAUGAUGCAAUUUGCGCCACUUCUAUACACCUACCAAAUGGCCAUGGCGCAAGCGGCACAAGUGGCAGCUUUCAACAACAAUAACAAGAAGAGCAGCUCCGCUUCCAGUUCAUCGAAGAACUCGAACAAUGCAACCAGCUUGGCUGACAUACAGCGGGCGGCGGAGCUACAGCGUCAGUAUCUGCUGGAGAUGAUACCGCCACAGCAGCCGAGUGGACCCAGCGGCAGUCGCCAGAACAAUUGGAAGGCCUAAACAGAGAACGAGGCUUAAUAUGAACAGUAGCAGCAGCAACAACAACUAACUAACUUUAUAAUUUUUCUUGAUUAGGUAAUUUUAUAAUUUACGCAAGCAAGCAUAAUGUACACGUAAAUACAAUGAUUAUACUACUAUAAUUAUAACAUAAUUAAUUAUACAUAAUUAUACAUACGAAAAGAAAAAAAAAAAACACAUCUUCAACGUAAUUGUUCGUAGUUUCCUUUUUUUGUUAAUACAUGUCGUGUUUCGCUCUCAUUUUCCAUACAACAAUUACGACUACAAUUACAACUAGCAAUAGAAAUCGCAAAAAGAAAAAAAUAAUAAUUAAAAAAAAUCACAGUAAUGAAUGAACACUUUUAAGCUCUUAUAGUAAUUGGAUUUAUACAUAACAUAUGAAUAAUUCAUUGAUUGAUAGUCUAUAAGCAGAUAGCCCCAUUUUUGAAGGGGCCUAAUGCCCCCUCGCCCAAUCCACACCCCUGAAACUCAGUUCUUUGGGGCUGUACAAGUUUAGUUUUCUAUAUAUAUAUAUAUAAUUAUAUGUAUAUAUUCUUAUGUAUAUGCAAAUAUUUUGUAAUAAAUUUUUAAUAUACGCAUUUUAGAUUUUAGUUGUAAACAAAUUUUUAGGGCUCUAAUAAAUUGCACAAUAAUUUUAGUUUUUGCCAGUACAUAAACUAUUUCAUAAAAAUAUACAUACAUGCAUACAUAUACAUACAUUAUGAUACAAUUUAAUAAUUUACUAGACUCAAUUUAUAUGAUCCCACUUCAAAGACGAUAGUACUGUUAUUUAGUUGAUCUUAACUCGUUACAAACCCCGAUUCACAUAUGCAUCGAAAACAUCAAAUGCCGUUAAUACAAUAUUGUACAUAAAAUAUCCAAAUAUAUAUAUAUACACACAUAUAUAUACUAUACAAAACCUAACAUACCAAGAAUACAGGUUAUCCAAAGUUUUCAACCAUUUUCAUGGAUAUGCCUUUCGAACAACUAAAAAGAAAUGAAAAACAAAAAGGGAAAAAUUGAAAGCACGUAAUAUUGACUGAAAUUUAGCAUAUUUUGUAGUAUCUCAAUGGACAUGCAUCAGCUUGCAUACAUUAAGAACGAAAUUAGGCACAUUUUCGGCAAAAUAGGCUUUAUAUAUAUAUGGAAUGAGAACGGAAACGGAACCCGAAGCGGAUGGAAAUGGGAACAGGAAUAGAAACAGAAGCAGGAUGAAGGUUACAUUUAGGCGAAUCAUUCGGAACACACAAACCAAAAUUCAUUUUUGGACAUGCGAAAUCAAAUUGUGAUCAAAUUAUAAAACGUAAACAAGAAAAGUGAAAAAAUCCAUAAUUAUUUUUAGCUAACUAAGUUUAAAACAUGCAUUGUAAUUCGAAUUCAAAUUAAUAACAGCCGAUAACGAUAAGCAAAAACACGAAAAGAAAAAGAAAAAAAAAACAAACAAAAAACAACCGCAACAGUAACAGCGUUAGUUUCAAUGUGUAUGUGUUUGAAAUUCUAUGCUAACUAUAAAAAAUAUAAGAUAUGCAUAUAAACAGUUUUUAAACCAA